AUUAUCGUCAUGGUGCGAGUAGCGUAAUUUUAAAAAUGCUAAAUGUUUGUGUUUCUCAAACUUACAAUUCUACAGUUGUGAUAUAGAAUCUAAUGGCAAUAUACAUGUACAAUUUUUAAACGGCACUGACAGGGUAUUACACUACAUGGUAUAGUAAGCAGUGAUACAUUCGAAGCUUUUGGAUAAAAAACCAUCCAGUCAGCCACGUGGGGUCGAAAUUUAUAAUCUGGAAGAAACUUAAUAUAUUAAACAUAAGUAAAACAAUCCAAGAAUUUAAAGGAAACAUAACGUGUUCCUUCAACAUAAUUUAUUUGACCUAUUUUCAAAUACUUUAUCCCCUCAAUUUCUGACUGUCGAAGCUCAACAUUACACUUUGCAUGACCUUAAGUAAGCUGUGACGAUGUAUUUUACGACCUUAUUUCCAAAUGAAUUUCACCGAACUACAACAAUUUUUAUGUAAGACUACUGCAUAACACUUGAAUUUGAAGAUGGACAACGUUGGUUCACCUUGAAGCGUGCAUUUGGCAAUAUCUUCGUAUUCUAUCUGGUUUUUAAUUUUAAUCUUCAUGACACAAGAGUUCCUUAAUUUAUAGUCCUCACCAUGUUACAUCUUUAAAAUUUAUCUCUAUUCAUUAUUAAGAUGAAUUCUCAAACUUAUGAUGAUUAUGCCAACUAUUUUUAUACAAUGAAAAGUUAUAUUUAAUCGAAUUCUCCCAAACGUUUAUUGACCAUUGGAAUGUCAACUAAAUGACCUCAAUAGUGUUCACAACGUAUUCCUAUGUAUAUCAUUGAUACAGAUUUUGGUCGACCUCACUUCCUACGUUUAAUGGAAAUGAAUGGAGGGACAGUAAAAGACGAAAGUCUAUGCAGUCACCUCGCAUCUAACAGUUCAUUUGGAAUAGAAAGCAACAACCGUAAUGUGAAGUCACUGCUAAAUAUUGCUCAACUACAUGAAGAUAAACAGAACAAACUUCAAAGCGAAAGCUCAGCGAGUAAUUUUUCAUUAGGACGGAACAAACCACAAAUUAAUAAGCUUGGGAACCGAUCAAGCAGAUCAAGGACCAAAGGAAACAUCAGUCCAUCGACAUAUAAUUGCUCAAAACUUGAAACUCAGAUCAAAUCCCCAAAAACUCGAAACCGGGCUGUAGCAUAUGGAGGUGUGGAUCUUAGUCAAUUUCCGGUAAAUACAAUACCUAAAAGCUGCGUAAACGAACCACCUAACCUUCCGAUUUCAUUACAUGAGUCGAUUAGUACUUCAUGUGUAAAGCCGUCAUCAAAUAAAACAAUAAAAACAUGCCUCACUCCGGAAAUGGCAAUGAAGUUGUAUUUUCAUAAACUUAGCGCGUACGAACACCAUGAAAUAUUGAACUAUCCUUAUGUAUAUUUUGUGGGACACAAUGCGAAGAAAAGAAACGGAAUUUUAGGUACAGGAAAUAAUUGUGGUUAUGACGAUGAUCAGGGAUCCUACAUACAUACUGCACACGAUCAUGUUGCCUAUCGUUAUGAGAUUUUAAAAAUACUCGGGAGAGGUAGUUUUGGACAGGUUGUUAAGGCUUACGAUCAUAAAGAUGGUGUUUAUGUUGCACUAAAAAUGGUGAGAAAUGAAAAGCGUUUUACAAAUCAAGCGACUGAAGAAAUCCGAAUUCUUGAACAACUGAAAAAACAGGAUGUAGACAAUACGCGUAAUGUCGUGCAUAUUUCCGAACACUUUACUUUUCGUGGUCAUGUUUGUAUAACAUUUGAACUGCUAAGCAUAAAUCUAUAUGAACUUAUCAAACGAAGUAAAUUUCAAGGAUUUCCUCUUCAGUUAGUAAGAAAAUUCGCUCAUUCAAUUUUAGUAUGUCUAGAUAUGCUGCACAGAAAUAAAAUCAUUCACUGUGAUUUAAAACCAGAAAACAUCUUGCUUAAACAACAAGGUAGGAGUGGGAUUAAGGUAAUUGAUUUCGGUUCAAGUUGUUAUGAAAGUCAGCGUCUAUACACUUAUAUACAAUCAAGAUUUUACAGAGCUCCGGAAGUGAUUCUCGGGUGUAAGUAUGGUCUACCGAUUGAUAUGUGGAGUUUUGGAUGUAUAUUAGCGGAGUUACUAACAGGUGCUCCUAUAUUUCCAGGAGAAGAUGAAGGAGACCAACUUGCUUGUAUAAUAGAAUUGCUUGGGAUGCCGCCCCAAAAGCUACUGGAUCAAUGCCGAAGAGUGAGAAAUUUUUUCUCAACGACUUAUGGAUACCCAAGAUACUGCAUGGCUAUGGAUGCAAAUGGCUGUGUCGUACUUCGCAGUAGUAAUACCAAAAGGGGUAAAAUUAGAGGUACUCCUGGAAGUCGGUCAUUAGUCACGGCCCUUAAAGGUUGUGAAGAUACAGUUUUCCUUGAUUUUAUUAAAAAGUGUUUACGAUGGACACCAGAGGAGCGCAUGACUCCACGAGAGGCUUUUAAACAUGAAUGGCUUCGCAGGAAACUGCCGAAACCCCCUGGAUUCAAGAACAUGUCUUCAAGUGUAUCGAACCCCAACACAAUGAACAGAGCCACCCAUACUACACAAUUACCACCUAAUAUUUCUACAACUAUUAAUACUGCAUCCAACACAACCACGACAAUUACAGAUAACACAUCUGUAAGUUUAAAACCCUUUGGGAAAGUUCAAAGUAGUGUUUCAAAGACCGAACGUGCUAGUAAGUUAAAUGGUGAAGGGUGUGUACAUCAAGUUGAAAAUAGUUCUGUUCACGCAGCUGUUUAUGAUUCAUGUGAUUCUACGAAGGCUACAGCCCCAUGCUCUAUCACAAGUACGCCUUUAGCUACAAGUGAACCGAGAUCUAUUACAUCAGUUAGUAAAUCUGCAAGUCAAAUGUACACUAACUCUGAAAUUAACCCAGAAAAUAAAAUAACAAUGACAGUUACGACGGAAUCACUUCAAGAUGUAGGUGAAAGAAUACUCAUAAGAAAGAACACGUUAUGUACCGAUAACAUAAGACAAUCUGAACAUAAAGAACGAUAGUGUAAAACUCACAACUAGGUGACAUUAGGUAUACACUACUGCAAUUUUCGAAUAAUUUGAUACGUCCUCCAAAAUUGAUGUCCAGAACUUUUUCUUUGAACGGAUAUUUGAGAAUAAGAUAAAAAAUAAUUCGCUCUACUCUUCUAACUUUAUUUUGCGUAAAUUUUACUUUGAUUUUCUUUUCUAUAGUUUGCUUCUACCUGGGUGUAUUUUGACGAUUAUUUUUAACAGUAAGAGAGUUAGUUCAAUAAUCUCAUUCACACUUAUUUUUUCACACAUUUGUUAUUUUAAUGAUAAGUAAUUGAUGGCAAUAGCAACAGUGAUAAUAAUAAUCAUAAUUAUAGUCAUGAAUUAUUAUGUUGACUUAUCUGUACAAAUUUACUCAACUUUCAUAUGUACUACAUACAAAAUUGUUGAGAUGUAUCCCAGUGAUAUUUUAAAAAUCUUAUGCUGGUAGUAAAAACCAAACCAAACAUUCAGCUUUUGUUAAUAUUUUAGUUUUUUUUAUUUUCUGCAAAAACUGGAUGAUAUAAUAAGAGUGUUAUUAAUGAGAAUAAUCACUAAUGUGAAUUAAAGACAACUUCACGUAGCAAAACACCGAUACAGUGAACUCCUAAAGGUAAAUAUAAAUGUAUUUGUUUAAUGUGUAAAAAAACCGACUUGAGUUUAACACAUGUAUAUGCAGCCCCGACAAAGUAAAAAGUUUUGGACGAGAUGGUCAAACGUGACAAUCGUGACGCGUUAUUUUAACACUCAAGUACGUAGACUAAACAGAGCUGAAAAUACCCAGGUGGUUUUUUUGACUUACCGACAUAGGGUGCAGAUUAUGUCGACUACAUCUUAAAAUUACGAUUGGGGAGAAGUUUAU